AUGGCCAACGCCAGCUUAGCAUACCUUACUCUCCUCUUCCUCCCUCCCUCUCUCCUCCUCCUCCUCUUAGCUCUUAUUGUCAGACCCCGCCCCGUCAAUGUCCCAAUAAAGAACCGCAACGUCUUCAUAACAGGUGGGUCCAGUGGAAUCGGGCUAGCCCUGGCCCACCAAGCAGCAUCAGAGGGUGCCAAAGUCUCCAUUCUAGCUCGCUCCCUCGACAAGCUUGAGGACGCGAAGCAAACAAUCCAGCUCUCCACUGGCGUUAAGGUAGCGGUUUUUGCAGCUGAUGUGAGGGACUUUGAUGCUGUCCAAAGAGCAGUGGAUCAAGCAGGGCCCAUUGAUGUGUUGAUUGUGAAUCAAGGAGUGCUUGUGCCUCAAGAGCUGGAGAAGCAGGGAUUGGAUGAGGUCAAGUUUAUGUUAGAUGUUAAUUUGAUGGGGAGUUUUAACAUGAUCAAAGCUGCUCUGCCUGCGAUGAAGAGUAGCAGGAAGAAUCGUGGGCCUGCUUCUAUUACCCUCAUGUCAUCACAGGCCGGUCAGGUGGGGAUUUAUGGUUAUACAGCUUAUUCAGCAAGUAAGUUUGGUCUUCGGGGUUUAGCAGAAGCAUUGCAGCAGGAGGUUAUUGAAGAUAACAUCCAUGUCUCUCUUGUAUUCCCUCCGGAGACAGAAACUCCUGCUUUAGCUCGAGAAAAUGAAAAAAAACCACAGGUUACUAGUAUCAUAGCAGCCUCCUCUGCAGUAAUGAAAGCAGAUGAAGUCGCCAAGAAAGCUUUAGAUGGCAUCAAAUUUGCUAGAUUUAUUAUCCCUUGCAACUUUGAGGGAUUCUUAUUAUCCAUAGCGACAGCUGGCCUAUCUCCUCAGAGAUCAUUCUUGAUGGCAUUUAUUGAGGUUAUUGCUGCCGGCGCAAUACGUAUUGCAGUGCUGUGUUUCCAGUCGAACUGUUUCUUAGGACCUGAUCGGUCUAGACAGUCAAGUUUGAUGCGUGUUAAGGUGUAUGCCAACUGUUCUAUUCCUGUCGUAUUCAGUGAACUGGGGAUGCACUGUUUGCUUUAUGAGCCUCAAGCCUUUCUCCUAAUUUGGUCUAUCCUGUGUAAAUCUAAUUUUAGCAUUUUGGUGGCUGCUGACAUUUAUGAACCUAGAUGCAUGUUCUUGGUGCUUGAUGCCAGGGAACAUUGUUUUGGGCUGUCAUAUAUGGUGAAGGCUUCCGAUUUUACAGGUCUGUUGAAGUUGCCGUUGUCUGGGUUUUGGGCUGCACGGUGUUUUCAUCCUCAGCAUUUCUUUUUUUAA